AAGUUGGUAAUAGCAUUUUUUUAAUAGCUGAAUUUAUUAUCUUGGUUUUUGCAGAUAUGAAAACAUUCUUCAUUUUCCUACUCUCACUUGUUUUGGUUUGCACUAAAACGGACACGGACACGGAUACGAACACGACACAGCUUGCAGGGCCAAGUGAUGGGAGAAAAGACCUACAUAAGUAUUGGGGAGACAUGAUGAAGGGGGAACCCAUGCCUGAAUCUCUUGAACGAUUCAUAAUUUCUAGGUCAUAUAAUAAAGAUCAAUACAAAGCAGAAAUAAUCAAAGAUUUCCUCAAAAAUUAUGAUGUCAGUCCAAAUGAAGCUGUGAAAUCAGAGCAUGAUCAUGAUGAAAAAUCAGCAUCAAAGAAAAUAUUUGCAGAUGAAUUUGAACCAAUUAUAAAUCUUUCUGUUUACAAUCAGUAAUUUGUGUAAGAUCAAUCUGAUCUUUUAAAUUUGAGAUUGUGGUGUGUUUUUUUUACUGCCAAUGGCUAAUUAGGGUAUAUAACUGGUUUUUUAGCACUAAAAUCAGUUUUGAUAUACUCAUAUCUAUCUAUUGUUUAAAAAUAAAAUUUAAUAAUUUUGAAUGUUUUAAUGUUGAGUAUACAACUUGUCUUA